UCAACAUCUUCGAAGUUACUUUCAAAACAGACUUUUGCUGAACUGGUCCAUCCCUGCCUGUGGAAGUGAGAAUCAAUAAAAUGAAGGCUGUUCAGCUGCUAAUUGUCCUGGUGAUGACCUUCGCUCCAGCAAUGGCAUUUCCAUGGAUUUCAUCGCCCGCUGUUAAUGAAAAUAACGGACCUGAGAGGCGGACCAUCCCGGAGUUGCAGGGUAACCCAUGUAUUAGCUCUCCUUGCUUGAAUAAUGCGAGAUGUAUCGGUAGUGAUUGGAGCUUUACAUGUGACUGUCCUUCGGGAUACACUGGCGAUCAUUGUGAAACUGAUAUUGACGAUUGUGCGAAGAACCCUUGCCAAAAUGGCAAAUGUAUUGACGGGAUCAACUCUUACAAAUGCGAUUGUGUUGCUGGUUACAGUGGAAAGAACUGCGAAAACAAUGUCGACGAAUGUGCUGAUGGCCCUUGUAAAAACGGCGCUAAAUGUAUCGAUGGAGUCAAUGCUUAUAAAUGCGAGUGUGCUCCUGGUUUUAAUCGAAAGAACUGCGAAAACAAUGUCGACGAAUGUGCAAAGAAACCUUGUCAAAAUGGUGCCAAAUGUAUCGAUGGAGUCAAUUCUUACACAUGUAAAUGUGCUGCUGGUUACACUGGACCGAACUGCGAAACCAAUGUAGACGAAUGUGCAAAGAAGCCUUGUCAAAAUGGUGCCGAAUGUAUCGAUGGAGUCAAUUCGUACGAAUGUAAAUGUAAACUUGGGUAUAAUGGAAAGAACUGUGAAAACUCUCCUGUUUGCAACAAAGUGAGACGAAUUGGUUGUUUCAACUCCUAUUCAUGGGUUGUUAAAAAGAAAACUUUGCCAAAGAUGAUCCUUACCGAUCGUGAUAAGGGCUCGCCAGUUUCUAGCGACAAAGAUGUGGAUUGGGUAAACUGGGGUCAUUACAUGGCUGAUAUUGCUUGUAGGUGCUCUGAACGUGCUAAGUUAUUAGGCUACAAGAUCAUUGGAAUUCAGAACUUUGGAGAGUGCUGGAGCGGCCCUUCAGCCAAAGCAGAAGAUUUUGGUCCCAAAAUUGCUUCCUCUAAAUGUGUAGGAAUAGAUUAUAAGAAUUGUUUACCCGGAGAAAAACACUGCGUUGGUCUUGACUACACUAACUUUGUUUAUGAACUUGUUCCACCGACACCGUUUUCCAGAACUGUUAAAGGUAGGAUAACAAGCUCAAAGUUCUAUGCUUCAUUUCUAAACACACUCGAAUCUCCACUUGAGGAGGCUUUCAUAGCUUGGCGGAGACGAAGAAGACGAAGAAGAAGAAGAAGGACUAUUGUUCCAAAUGCAGACGACUGUGUCCCUAACCCUUGUACAAACGGUAAAUGUAUCGACGGAGUGAACUCGUACACAUGUGAAUGUAUUCCUGGUUAUGCUGGGAAGAACUGUCAAACCGAUGUAGACGAAUGUGCAAAGAAGCCUUGUCAAAAUGGUGCCAAAUGUAUCGAUGGAGUCAAUGCUUAUAAAUGCGAGUGUGCUCCUGGUUUUAAUGGAAAGAACUGCGAAAACAAUGUCGACGAAUGUGCAAAGAAGCCUUGCCAAAAUGGCGGUAAAUGUACAGAUGGAGUCAAUUCGUACACAUGUAAAUGUGCCGCUGGUUACACUGGACCAAACUGCGAAACAAAUGCAGACGACUGUGUCCCUAACCCUUGUACAAACGGUAAAUGUAUCGACGGAGUGAACUCGUACACAUGUGAAUGUAUUCCUGGUUAUGCUGGGAAGAACUGUCAAACCGAUGUAGACGAAUGUGCAAAGAAGCCUUGUCAAAAUGGUGCCAAAUGUAUCGAUGGAGUCAAUGCUUAUAAAUGCGAGUGUGCUCCUGGUUUUAAUGGAAAGAACUGCGAAAACAAUGUCGACGAAUGUGCAAAGAAGCCUUGCCAAAAUGGCGGUAAAUGUACAGAUGGAGUCAAUUCGUACACAUGUAAAUGUGCCGCUGGUUACACUGGACCAAACUGCGAAACAAGCAAUGUCUGCCCCAAGUUUGAAAGGCAUGGAUGUUUCAAAGCCAGGGAUGGAAAAUCAGGGCAAGCUGUUUUGCCUAAGAUGCUUUUCAGUGAUCGUCUCAAGAGAUCACCCGAGUUUAACAGCCGAAAAGGCGUUAACUGGAAAGGAUGGAAUGACUAUUUGCAAGACAUCGCAUGUAGAUGUGCUGAAGAGGCGAAGAAAGUUGAAAAUGCUCAGUAUUUUGCCAUUCAGUUCUUCGGAGAGUGCUGGAGUGGUAGCCUCGCGGAUGUGGACCUUGAUAGUCUUGCAUCCAAUAAAUGUUAUGGUAGAGAUUACAAGACGUGCUCAUCUGAUUCUGUCGACAAGUACUGCGUCGGAGGAGCUAAUAACAUCUUUAUAUACCGCUUCGAUAAUGUCGACGAAUGUGCAAAGAAGCCUUGUCAAAAUGGUGCCCAAUGUAUCGACGGAGUCAAUUCUUACACAUGUAAAUGUGCCGCUGGUUUCACUGGACCGAACUGCGAAACCAAUGUCGACGAAUGUGCAAAGUUCAAGCCUUGUCAAAAUGGUGCCAAAUGCAUCGAUGGAGUCAAUUCCUAUAAAUGCGAGUGUGCUCCUGGUUUUAAUGGAAAGAACUGCGAAACCAAUGUAGACGAUUGUGUGAAGAAGCCUUGUCAAAAUGGUGGUGAAUGUAUCGAUGGAGUCAAUUCCUAUAAAUGCGAGUGUGCUCCUGGUUACACUGGACCAAACUGUGAAACCAAUGUCGACGAAUGUGCCAAUAAGCCUUGUCAAAAUGGUGCCGAAUGUAUCGAUGGAGCCAAUGCUUACACAUGUAAAUGUACCGCUGGUUACACUGGACCGAACUGCGAAACCAAUAUGGACGAUUGUUUCAACGAGCCCUGCCAAAAUGGUGGUGAAUGUAUCGAUGGAGUCAAUUCGUACGAAUGUAAAUGUAAACCUGGAUUUAAAGGAAAGAGCUGUGAAAUCAAAGAGGUGGUAGUUCCUUUUGAAUGCAAAAAUUAUAAGACAUUGAACGCUCGUGACCGAUCCAUGAAAGUAAGAGCAGAUAGAGCCAAGUGUGACAACUAUCUCAGCAAAGGCUGGUACCGCUUUGAAGGCGAGGCAGGAACGGCUAUCGCAACUAAAUGCCCUCCUAGAAGGCACUGUGGAGCUCAUGCCCCUGGAUGGAUGAAAGGUACUCAUCCAAGCCAGGCAGAGGGGGCUGUCACUAGACAUGUAUGUUACAAUUGGCGUGGUAACUGCUGCAGAUGGACGAAUAGUAUUCGCGUGCGCAACUGUGGUGGGUUCUAUGUGUACGAGCUGAAUAAACCUCCUGCUUGCCGUCUGCGGUAUUGUGGAAACGGAGAUUAAUAGAACUGUAAUCUCUCUAAUGUCAUUGGUCCACUGAGAGUACUCAUUGGGAGUUUAGUAUUGCAAAUUGUUUAGGACUGGGAU